AUGGUCUCGUUACUCCGAACUCUGCGCAGUGCGCGCCGGGUAGGCCUGAAGGAAUGGUGGAGGCAGAUGCAGUACAUUGGUGACGCCAAAUCUGGUACAUACGUCGGCAAGGACCAGUUCGGAAACAGAUACUACGAGAACAGGAAUGCAGAGGAAGAAAUUCCUGGUCGUCAUCGAUGGGUAGACUACGCUCAACACUAUUACCAAGCGUCGCAAGUACCUCCAGAAUGGCAUUCAUGGAUCCAGCACAUCCGGAAGGAUCCUCCGACUCAGGAUCUCAUUAUGCAGAGCUCGAGGCAACCAUGGCAGCAGGAAUGGUCCGAAACCCUGACUGGCACCCGCGGCGCGUACAAGCCAUACAACACCGCUGCUCCCAAGAUAAAUGCUUGGGAACCCAAAGUGACGUCUCGUGGUUAAAUCCGCUUUGUAUCAAGAAAACAAUUUACAUUUCACUUUUUGAGCAAAUCUUCUACCACGUAUUCUGCCAAUGCCAUGCAGCUGGUCAAUCCGGGGCUUUCAAUACCCAGAAGACUAAUCAUAGGGUUUUUCACACUCCCAUCUGACCUGAUCACAAAGUCCUGAAAACCGCUGUUCGGCGGGGCUAUUUUAGGCCUGAUUCCAACGUAGUCUGUUUGCAUUCCCUCGAGAGAUACCGCCGGUAGGUAGCUAGUGACGGCGCUAUGCAUCUCUGGCAGCCUUGAGCUAUCUGGGAUGAGAUGUAGUCUCCAAAAAUCAACUUUUUCCUCAGAUCCAGGAGAAAGCCAUUCAAGGUCUGGUCCAAAGCGUACUUUUCCUUGUAAAUCUAUAGUAAGAUGAG